AUGGCAGGUCCACCCCCUCCUUGCGCCACCCUCCUCGUCUUCACCCUCCUCUUCCUCUGCACAGAGGCCGAAGGCUUCGCUGCCCUGCAGACCAAGGUCUUUAAGUACCGGAUCUGGGACAUGGACCAGAAGCUGCUCUACCUGCGCAACGACCAGCUGGUGGCCGGGCACCUGCAAGGUGCCAACGCGGCCCUGGAAGAGAAGGUUUUCUGGGUGCCCAACCGCUCCUUUGCCCAAGCGCGGCAGCCCGUCAUCCUGGGCAUCCAGAACGGCACGCGGUGCCUGGCGAGCCCCGCCGCCCCCCGGCCCACGCUGCGCCUCGAGGACACGGACAUCCGGGCGCUGCCGCGCGCCGGCGACGCCUCGGCGCCCUUCACCUUCUUCCGCUCCUACAAGGACGGCAUGUGGCGCUUCGAGUCAGCCGCCAACCCCGGCUGGUUCCUGUGCACGUCGGCGCGGGCGCACGAGCCGCUGGGGCUGGCGCGGGGCCCCGACGCCACCCGCGUCCUCGACUUCUACUUCCAGCUCUGCUGAGCCAAUAAAGCCGCCCCGCCGCUACCCGAACGCCUGGGCCCCGUCGGCGGCUCUGUCUCUCUUUCCUCGCCGGGGCGGUGGCGUCAGCGCGGCGGGAUGCCC